UAAAGCAGAUAUACCUGUUCAACUGUCAAGGUGUGGAUCAUGGGAGAACAAUUGUUAAAGAACAGCAUCCUUGAUCAAUUUAUUAAUAGCCAUGAGCAGUCAUAUGAAGAGUUUCUAAAUACAUUCACUUACCUUUUGAAAGAGGAAGAGGGGAAGACAAUUCCAGGAAGUAAAGUGGACUCCCUAAGAAAAACAUUUUCUACUUCUGAAUUAUCCAACAGAAAUAAACAGGAUGGCUCACCUGGAAGAAGCAAAGAAACGUGGGUGUCUCUUCCACCACAGAUGCCAAAUGAGAAUGAGACAGUGAUGAAUGAGAGCUGGAAAGCUGGUGGCUCUGAUGGAAAUUAUCUCAGUCUGUCUGAAAGAGUGAAGGUGGACAAGUACUUAGAUUUGGAAGAUAUAGACACAGAUGAAGAGACAUGCAAUGCAGGGUCAUUAGUUCUCCCAGGAGAGGUGGAACAGACAGUGAAUGACCGUACACCCUUUUUUGAUAAGCCUAUUCAACUGAAGUUCAGAACCUUGUCAGUUCCACAGCCAUCGGACAGCAAAGCCCAAGAGCUACUAGGGGAUGAUGUUCAACCAUUCUCACUUGAUGAAGAAUUUGAUUAUGACAAUGUGGCACUCACCCCUAAGUUCUCUGAAGCUGAGCUGAAGGCCAUUAUAGAAUUGUCUGAAGAGAAGAAAAUGGGGACAGAUGUCAAGUCAGCAUGAGCUGAAGACUGAGUCAAAGGCAUUCUGUGCAGUGCUGUUGAAAUAACAUUUUUAGGGGGUAAAUCUAGCUCUUCAUUGUACCCUUAUUUAGUGUUUUUAUCUAUGUAGCCAGUAAAUGACAUCCUUGAGAUUUUUUUGUUUGUUCUACCAAGGUGCCUUGGAGCCUGAGGUUGCCUUUCCCAGUACCUCCUCCUAGUCCUAAUGAAAACACAGAAUAGGAAGAUGGUGCUUGCCCAGAGUUACUUUUAUAGUAGCCCUUCAGCCAGAGAGGAACUAUUUCCAUCUUUUUUAUAUGUCUGUACAGUGAUUUGCUUAGGCAUUCAGGUUGGCUAAGGAGGUCUGUGUUUGUCCCUAAACCCAACAGGAUUUUUGUAUAGAUCAGUGACCUUUAAUAUUUUUAAGCCCCAGUGCUCAGCUACUUUGUUGUUUUCCAGGUGGUACAAGGCAGUUGGAAGGAUGUCUCAAAUGACAGCCCUAAAUUCCCUUUUGUAGAAAAAUCCUUGAGCGGCGUGAAUCCUGUAUUGGCUCAGGCCAGGUGUGCUGGAGUUUUUGCUCCAUAGGACCAAAACAAGCUGGUGGAAUUCAGAAUAGCACUAUGGCUACUCUGGCUUAUAUUUGGUACUGACUCAGCUCCUGAUUAGCGCAAAGCUAGUCCUAAAGCUGCCUUUUACCUCAUUCUUUCAGUAAUACAAAUAAGAGCUUUUUGCAGCUGACAAAUCAGUGUAUAAACUCUUUGCCUGUCAUUAUAAGACUUAAAUAUACAGUUAUAUGAGUGAAGAAAUCUGGGAACAUUGGGUUUUUUUCUCUGUCUUUUGGGUUACUUCAGUUUUGCAGAAAAAUAAAUAUUCCUGUUUCCAGUAAACUUUUUGAGUGGAUCAAAAUUGACAUGGCGCAACUCCUAACAAUUAAAACAUGAACUGCUACAAAAAGCCUUCUGCACAGAGGAAAAAACAGUGAUCUCAUCCAUUAAACAAAUUGGCAUUGAAAGGCUGUCCGAUUUUACAUUUUUUUACAGGAGAUGAUUCCAAAUACCAGCUUAUGGCUUACACUCAGCAUCACUGAAAUGCAGCAAACUCUGGAGUUGAGUAAAAGUCAGGUAGUAUGGGUGGGAGAGAAGAGUGUGCAUCUCUGACACAAGGUAGUAUGUACUCUCGCAAUGAGGUGUUUAGAAUGCAUUUUUUUUCAGCUUACUGUAGAAGCUUUGCUGUUGAGGCUUGGUUUAACAUCACAACACUGAAUUGUAUUAUUGGUCUUUUUCUGGUAUAAGUGCAUUAGCUAAAGUUUAUGGACCAACAUUUUGUCCUUGGUCUAUCUCCAUUAUUUCUGAAGUGGGUGAUUAACAUGAUGAAUAUGGGAAGAGUGCCUGAGCGGACAGACUAGAGACAAAACCACAAGUUGUUUAAAGGUUCUGGAUGAAAUCCCUGUGGCUGGUUGGCUGCUCCAUUGUCAGCAAUUUAUAAAAGCAAAGAAAGGUGCUUUGCUGCUUCAAAGGAAAUUUUCUGGAUCAGUGGUUUUGUAGACCAUAAUCACACACCGCUGAAAUCUGAAUAGCAUUUGUUUUGAGGAAUGGUAUUUACCUUGAUUAGGGGGAUAUAAUUUAAGAGUGAGAUUAACAAAAAACAGAAAAGAAAGUGGUCUCAGACAAGACGUUUAAGGAGAGUGAUAUAAAACUACAAGUACGUUGUAUAGAAAAACUGGUCUGUAUAGGACCUUGCUGGUAGAAGGUAAUGAGAAAUUUAUUUUUAACAUCUACAAUCAAAAGCAUGCCGGUGCUGUAGUUAAAACAGUUUUUGAUGCAAUAGGCUGUAUAGCAGAUUCUGCUGUUUUUUGGGAAACAUCGGAGUUUUGUUUUUUUUCUUUUUAAAUGUGAAUUAAUUUGAAUUCAAUGAGUGUUUUGUUGAACCCAAGAUAUUUUGAAUUAAGUGCUUCAGAUCCAACUGGAAUUUUCCAGUGAAACAUUCAGCUAAAAAUUCCUGAGCAGAUCUAUUUAUUAAUUCAUCUUCUGAAAGACACAGAUAAUGUGUAUAAAUGGGAGGGAUAAGAAGUAAGUUCUGGAGGAGCUCCAUGAGCAAAUCUGGGAGGAAGAAGUUGAGAACUGCUGUACAAAGAUAGCAAGGUCAGCCUUUAAAAGCCUCAACAGAAAAAUAAGGGAGACAACCUCAUUAACAUAUGUAUGUAUAGCAAAGAUAAAGUAAGGAACCUUCAAUCUAAGAGACCUCUGUGUACAGAGUUUGCUAUCCUGCAGACAAAGAGUCAACCAUAAAUAAAGGUGGACUUUUGUGGGUUUGUGGAAUGAUGAAUUCGGCACUUUUUUAAUGUGUUUUUUUAGAAAGGUAUGAGACACACAAACUAUAGAUCAGUCCUGUUGGAGUCCAAUUGCCAGUAGAGUCAAUGAGAAAACUUGUCCAGGGAUUCAUAAUGAUCUUCAGGCGAAAACAGCUCUGGAAUAUCUACAUGCAUUUUCUAUUCAUUUCAUUAUCAAUUUUUCCCUGUACAUUAGGGAUACAUCCAGCCAUGCAGUUCCUUCUCUCAUAGGCAGAUGAUUCUCUUACCAAAUGUUCAGAGUACCUAUUAUGCUCCAUUAGUGUCAUUCAGUAUAGUCAUUAUAUGGUUCCGUUUGAUAUAAAGAAACACUUUGCUGCAGAAUACCCAACAAAAUUGGAACUCUUUAGUGACAUCCAUCUUACGCAGAGAAAUGGGGAUAAUUCACUUACAUUUACACCACUCAUGAGUUGGAUUUUUGCUCUUUGUUAACAAAGAUGAAUAUCACAGUGGAGAUUAGGCAAUGUAGGCUACAUUUUCUGCCUGCCCCUGUGGUUGUUUUUGGCUUGUACCUUUGAUUUGAUUAUCCUUCACAGAGGAGGCAUAUUUUCCUCUUCUCCAUUACCAGGUUGCCAUUUUUAAGAACAUACUUUAUGUGCAUGUUAAAUUUUAUACACGUACAUGGAGUUAGUUACCUGGAACUGUUUCAGUGUUUGCGAGGUGGUUUGGAGUCUGAGUAAUAUAUGUCUUUUCCUCUUGUAGCUUGCUUUCUCUUUAAUAUUUAAUAUUUUCUGCAAGGGUUGGUGAGGAACAUUCUCCUUUUCUAUUGAUAGUCUUUUCUAAACAUUUUUCCUGUUUUCCAAAAGAAUUAAAGGCAAAACUCAUGCAUGGAACAGGAAACUUUGAGUGCUACUUGGAAUCGACUUGGGGGCUGCUGCAGUAGGGAAUAGGAUUUUCUCCCUACCACACUGACAAGGAUUUUGAACUGCAAAAUCUCUGAUGUUGGGUGAACCCGUUGGAAGUGAAGGCUGUGUGAUGCAUCUCUCUAAUCCCUUUGUAUUCAUGAUUUCAUUGAUGUCUGCAGUGCAAUAGAGAUAUGCAUCCAUAUCAGUCAGUGAGCUUAUCUGCAUUAAACUUGUUGCUUACUUGGGUGUUACCAGAAGGAUACUGACUGUUUCUUUCCACAGUCUUCAUGGAUCCUGAGUUAUGGGGAGGAACUCCUUGAGUUUUAUGGGAAGUGUAGUAGUCCUUCCACUGGGGCAGGAAUCUGAAAGGUUGUUUCCUUGGCUGGCUGUGGUGCAAGCUCAGAUAUUAUUACUGCUCAGAGUUACUCCUUGUGGGUAUAAAAGGAAGAGUAAUUAUUUGCUGAGAUAAUGGUUGUGAAAGAAUAAGAUAAAAAUUGAAGAAAUGAAAAGAGAUGCAGGCAAAUCUGUCUGACUCAGACAUUAUUAUAGUUCUAAAUAUACUUCUAUUAAUGCACAAAGGUAUCAUUAUAUACACUUGUAUACACACAGUGCCACUGAAAUAAAAUAAUUUUAGUGUGGAGAGUACUCACCAGAUAAUUCAGAACCUUUUGAAGAAGAUGGCAUGGAAACAAAUCCCUGCUCUUAUGGAAAAGACCCUUUGAUCCUCUGGCCUUGAUUUUCUGCUGCUAUAAACUGGCAGAACUCCACUGAGGCCAUUUAUAUUCAUACAGAGCAGACAGGACUCUGAUAUUUACAGUCUUAGCUGAAAGAAUACGGAGC